AGCAAGAUCAGUACGUUUCUUUGAAUAAAAAUUUUCAAUAUAUGGUUGUAAAAUUUCUGCAACUCUAUAAUUUGAGUCUCAUGUAUGCAUGGAUAUGUAUAUUUCUGUUUUAAAAGGUGCUAACUAAUAAAGGGUUUUGCUAUUAGUUCCAAGACUUGCUUUAUUAAGGAGACGUCAUUGCUUUUUUAAUGGAGAGCUGAGACUAAAUAUUACAAGAUUCGAUAUAAUUAGAAAAGGGAAAUGCUUAAUUUAGUAAAAAUGAUUGAAAGGGAGAAGAGAUCACAAGAAACACGGCUGACCCUAACUUAUUCAACAAGGAAUCUGAGCAAUAACAACAAAACAAAGGAAUAAUAACAAAAACGCCCAUCUAACACCAACUUUCGUCGUCUGAUUCGAACCCUAAACGAAUCAGACAAUAGCUACAGAAAACUCCUUCGUAUACACCAAACUUUAUCCUCGAUUCAAAUCUCAAUUACAAAAGAAACCCUAAGGUUCAUUUGAAUCCCUUCCUAAACCAAUCUUGAAUCCCUAAUUAUCCUUCAAAGAGGAUGCUAAUACUGUGUUCCCUGGGGUUUCUAGAUUUUCUUUAAGAAUAUGAUGAGCUUUCAUCGCCGGACUUUUUCAUACGAUAAACUUCCUACCGAACCCAUUAGGCUCUCCGUUCUCAAACUAGAUGGCUCUUCUUUCGAUGUUCACGUAACGUGCUCGGCGACCGUUAAGGAUCUUAAGCUCGCCAUAGAGACUGCCUUCAGCCACGUCCCCAAGAAAGGACCCUCCAAGAUCUCAUGGCCACACGUGUGGGGGCAUUUCUGCUUGUGUUAUGAGGGUCAGAAGCUGGUCACCGAUACGGAGUGCAUCGGAAGUUAUGGGAUGAAUGACGGUGAUGAGGUAAGGUUCAAGAACCAUGUGUCGGGCAAUGCCGUAUUGAUCAAGGGAUAUUCUAGAAAAUCAAAACAAAAGACCUCAGAGAGGGUAGGGCCAAAGGAUGAAGAUGAGGAAGUUAAUAGGAUGGGGGAGAUUGAUCAUGGCUCUUGGGAUGAUCUUGAGAAAGGAAGCUUAGUUAGGUACAAAGACGGUGGCUUAGAAACUUCACCAAGGGAACACAGGACUUGUUGUAAGAACACUGUCAGGGGUUGCUGCUUUGCUUUUGGUUUAAAGGAGCUUUUUGGGCUUAGCAAUAAUGAUAGAAGCUAUUACUCUUUGAGAGAUACUUGGAGAGACGAUUGAAUGUCUUCUGUUUGUAAUAUUUUUGUUUUCUAAUUUAUAAGAUUUUUGGUCACAAAGG